AUGGACUCACGUCCCCCGAAGAAACGCGCUGCAGGGUCAAGCGAGGACGUUGCUUCUCGUAACGUUCCCAAAAAGACACGGUUCGUCGAGCCAUCUGAAGAUCCCGUGAAUUUUGCCGAGGAGGUCGACGCUCAGCUGGAAACGCGCCAGCGCCGCGGUCGUGUUCGGACCGAAGGCUACGACUCCGAUUCCAGUGAUGAUGGGGAGGGAGUUGUGCCCAGCCGACGACCCGGCGCAGACGGUGCUGCCGCCAUGGACGAAGAUGAAGACAUGUUUGCCGUAGGGGAGAAGGAGGACAAGGCGGCAGAGGAGACCGGUAAGAAGAGAGAAGAGUUCUUGCGCUUGGGGGAUAUCGAGGGGCAGGAGUUUGGUGACAAGUCGGGCUCUGACGAUUCCGAGGGUGGUGAGGACGAGGAGGACGCAGAGCGGCGGAAAAAGGCAGGGAUGGGAUACGAGAUCUCCUCCUUUAACAUGCGUGAGGAGAUGGAAGAGGGCAAGUUCGCUGCUGAUGGGACGUAUGUCCGCUCGUUUGACCCCCACGCAACACACGACCGAUGGAUGGAGGGGUUGGACGAAAAGGAAAUCAAGAAGGCCCGCCGUAGUCAUCGGCAGAGGGAGAAGGAACAACAGGAAAAACAAAAGGCUGAGGAGCAGGAACUCAGACAGUUUGGAGGAAAGGGUGACAUUGAGAAGGAGCUGGUUGGCAUGCUGAAGAAGGGUGAGACGGUUUUGGAGGCGCUUCAACGUCUCGGUGCGCAGGCAAAGAAGACUGGGAGUCAUCAGAAAAGCAUGAAGCCAAACAAGAAACGUAGAAACGAAACUGGUGGCGACGCCGGGCAGGCAGAGAAGUCAGAACAGAUUUCUAAGGCCCCCUCAGAGAUUGAUCGCAUCACUCAUCUCGCGUCAACACUCAUGUCAUUGGGCGACACGGAUAUCUACUCGCGAACAUACGAAGAAUUUGUCCGCUCAAUUAGGUCGUCUGGCAAAGUGGAUCCCUCAUGGGUACCGCCGUCAGCAGACAUCAAGUACGAGUACAAAUGGGCAGUUCCCGGAGCAGCAGGUCAAGAGCCAGAGAAUUUCGGACCGUUCAGCGAAGAGGAAGUACAAGCAUGGUUUAAGGCGGGUUAUUUUGGGGCGUCUGGAGAGAAGGUUUUGGUCAGGAAGGUCGGGAGCGACUGGGGCAAUUGGAGUGACAUUGUUAGUUGA